CUGUCCUGCCUCCUAUUGAAUCUCACUAUCGAGCCUCUGGCUGAGAUGCUAAGAUGCUCAGAUCUAAAAGGUCUGACAGUCCCAGGGUCAGAAGAAAGACUGAUCGCCAACCUUUUUGCAGAUAACACAACCACCUUCCUUGAUGAGAAUGAUGACUUCAAUGACCUCAUGUGCCUACUGGAUACCUGGUGCCUUGCUAGUGGAGCCUGUUUCAACGUUAUGAAAACCCAAAUCAUCCCGAUCAGUAGCAAAGAUUUUUGUCUGAAGCUAAGCACCUGCUGGAAAGCAAAGGAUAACUUUAAUGAAAUACUGAGAAACAUCCACAUUGUUAAAGAAAAAGAGGUCAUCCAAAUUCUGGGUGCAUGGUUUGGAAAUAACAUCCCAGAAGACAUGGGUGAGGCUGCCAAUGACUGUUUGAAUUAUGAUUCGGACUGGAGCCCAUGCCAGUACCUUACUGUGGUGCAGGGCAUGCUAAAACAUGUAAAGAACAAACUCAAGAAACAAGUAUGGAAGUUCAUUUGGGAAGGAAAAACAAAAAACCUAGUUGAUUUUGAGACAUUGAAGGCCUCAAGGAGCCAAGGAGGCCUAGACAUACUUGAUCUCCAUGCUUGGAACAAAGCAAUAGAAGCGAUGUGGGUCAAAUCACUACUU